AAUAAGGAGAGAUCAAUUGGAAGAUAAAAAACGAUAGGACGAAAGGAUUCCCACGGAGUCUAACGCUGGUGGUGGUGGAAAAAUACAUGAAUGGAAAGAUAUAGUAGCAUAAAAUGGAAGUAGGCUACUCAACUAAUGUACGGCAGACUUCAACCUGUGAACCACACAUAUAUUCAAACGACAAAACUAAGAAAAGUGGGACAUUUCAAACCUCAAGAACCAUUUAACGGAUUAACGUUAACUAGGUCAAGUUAUAAUAACGUGUCUCCAAACCAGCUUGCUGUGACUGUGUGACAGGAGUCCAGUAACCGCCAGACAGAAUCAGACAGAGGCGUUCUUCUGGAAGAGUUCAGUGACAACAAGCUGUAGGGAGACGGCACGUCUCUGACACCAAGAUGGAUGUCAGUGCAGAGAUAGAGCUUGUUAUAGAGGAGAUGGAGAGGGGAGAGCUGCUUUCCACUGUCUGGGCGGCCAUAGAUGAAAUAUUGGCUGGCAUACCCAACCCUCCACCUCCUCCUCUUGUCCCUGCUGAGCUGGAACUCAACACCCACCCUCAGCCAGUAGAAGAGGGUGGAUAUGGUGCGAGUAUCCCCAUGAUGGCAUAUCCUCAUAUGUUUGAGCAGCAAAAUCCACUGAUGGCUGCUCCCACCAUGUACGAUGGACUUCUGUGUCAGGGAAACAUUAUACAGCCAGGUUACCUGUAUAGUCCAGCAGGUGCAUAUAGCCAGGGACAGUAUCUGCCGUAUCUGUGGCAUGUAGCUGACGUCCCAACAGCCGUCAGUCACCCAGCUGCUGCUCCACAGCCAUAUCUGCCGUAUCUGUGGCCUGUAGCUGACGUCUCAACAGCCGUCAGUCACCCUGCUGCUGCUCCACAGCCAUGUAACAUUGUUCCUGUGGUGAAGCUCUCUGAAGGCCAGAGCCUGCGUUGGAUUGGAGCGCAGAAUGGAGAGAUGUUGUACGAGGUCAUAGCAAAAGAUUUUGCUCCUCCCGUCUGUAGAAAGAGAAAGCGCGAAAGCCAGCAGGACAAAAGCCAUCUGUACGUAAAGAAGCCGCCAAAUGCCUUUAUGCUCUUCAUGAAAGAGCAGAGGUUGAAUGUUGAGGCAGAAUUAAACAUCAAAGGCAUAAAGAGUUCGGCCGUAAAUAAAGUCCUGGGACAGAAGUGGAAGUCACUAACAAAAGAAGAGCAGGCCAAAUAUUACGACAAGGCCAAAGAAGAAAGACGGCUCCACGCCCAGCGACACCCCGAAUGGACCCCCAAAGAUAACUAUGGCAAAAAGAAGAAGAGGCAGAGAAGAGUUAAAGCCUCUGCAUCUAAUCCUGAAGAGGACACUCAACAGGCCAAGAAGAUGGAGUCUUCCUCCUCACUGACGGAGGCCCCUCACACAAAGACGAGAAUGAUGGAGCCACGGGACCUGCAGACAGUCCUGGGGAUGGAGGCUCCACAAACACAGACAGUCUUGGUGCAGCUGCCACAGACACAGACUGCCGUGACUGUGCCUGUGUGCGACAUGUGUCAUCUGCCACAGGUGUAUGAGAUCAGCCCUGCCUCAUGGCGGGAUCCUCUGGAAACAGCAUCCACGUCGCUGGCCUCCCCUGCUCCACUGAGUCUAACGCAGACAGAGUCCGCCCGAUCAGAGGAUGUCGGAGGACGGUGUUACCCAGUGAUGGAGCAGCUUGAGCCACUUUCUUCUCCUCACUGUAUAGCUUCAGCUGCCUUUCUCUAGACAUC